AUGGCUGGGAUUAUCAAGAAGCAGAUCCUGAAGCACCUGUCUCGGUUUACUAAGAAUUUGUCCCCUGACAAAAUCAACCUGAGUACUCUGAAAGGGGAGGGACAACUGACCAAUCUGGAGCUGGAUGAAGAGGUUCUGCAGAAUGUACUAGAACUUCCCACAUGGUUAGCUAUCACUCGGGUCUUCUGCAACAAGGCCUCUAUCAGGAUCCAGUGGACAAAGCUGAAGACACACCCAAUCUGUUUGUGUCUGGAUAAAGUGGAAGUAGAAAUGAGAACAUGUGAAGAGCCUCGGCCCCCCAAUGGACAGUCUCCCAUUGCCCUGGCUUCAGGGCAGAGUGAGUAUGGCUUUGCUGAGAAGGUAGUGGAGGGCAUGUUCAUUAUCGUUAAUUCUAUCACCAUCAAGAUUCACUCCAAGGCCUUUCAUGCCUCUUUCGAGUUGUGGCAGCUCCAGGGCUACAGCGUUAACCCUAAUUGGCAGCAGAGUGACCUUCGCCUCACCCGCAUCACUGACCCCCACCGAGGAGAGGUUCUGACAUUUAAGGAGCUAACAUGGCAGACUCUUCGAAUUGAGGCAGAUGCCACUGACAACGGUGAUCAAGAUCCACUCACUACUCCACUGAGGCUCAUUACCAACCAGGGCAGGAUCCAAAUAGCCCUUAAGAGAAGAACCAAAGACUGCAAUGUGAUAGCCUCCAAGCUGAUGUUCCUGCUGGAUGACCUGCUAUGGGUACUGACUGACUCACAGCUCAAAGCUAUGAUGAAGUAUGCAGAAUCGUUGAGUGAAGCCAUGGAGAAGUCAGCCCUACAGAGAAAGAGCUUGGCACCUGGGCCCAUACAAAGUACUUCACCUGCUGCUCACAGUGCCCCUCAUUCUUGGAGCCAGACAUUUGGUAGCAGUCACAGCAACAGCCGUAUCAGCCAGUACUUUGAGAAGUUUGAUGUGAAGGAAUCAUCUUAUCAUUUGUUUAUUUCUCGAUUGGAUCUACACAUUUGUGAUGACAGUCAAUCCCGGGGACCAGGGGACUCAGCAAACAGAGUGAUGGGUGGUGCCAUGCAACUUACCUUCAGGAAAAUGGCCUUUGACUACUAUCCUUUCCACUGGGCAGGAGAGAACUGCAGGCACUGGGUGAGGCACUGUGAGGCCAUGGAGACCAGAGGCCAGUGGGCUCAGAAGCUGGUAACUGAAUUUCAAAGCAAGAUAGAAAAACGGAAUCAAGAAGCAGAUUUGAAAUCUUCUUGGCAUCUGGGGACACAUUUACCUUUCCAGAAGAAGUCAGAAUCUUCCUCCAGUCCCCAUAAGACCCCCCUGGAGAAGAGCUCAUUACACAGCUGUAAGGCUGUCCCCACUCCAUUUUGGCCCCCAGCUUGGGACCGAUUGCGCUCUAGUUGUUUGGUGGUACGUGUAGAUGACCUGGAUAUCCACCAGGUUUCUACAGCUGGGCAGCCAAGGAAGAAGCCAUCCACACUCAUUUCAUGCAACCGACAGCUCUGCAAUCUUCCCACCCAGGUCUCUGCCAUUCAUAUUGAAUUUACAGAGUAUUACUUCCCCGAUAAUCAGGAACUCCCAGUUCCCUGUCCUAAUCUCUACGUGCAGCUGAAUGGCCUAACCUUCACUCUAGAUCCCAUCAGUUUGCUCUGGGGGAACCUCUUCUUACUGGAUUUAUAUCGCAGCCUGGAACAGUUCAAGGCCAUCUACAAACUUGAGGAUUCAAGCCAGCAGGAUGAACAUUUAGAUGUCCUGGUGGACACCUUCCAGUUGAAGUUGAACCUCCCUCUGGAGAAAAAAGAUUUGGCUUCAUUGCAUCGUCCCCAGGCACUUGUCAUCUCCACGACCGCCAUGACUGCCACUAAUACCCGCCAUGCCCUGCAUUGUAGUUGUACGGACCUCCAGAACAUCUUUCGUAGUUUUGCUGCUACUGAGUUCUUUCAUUCCAACUAUUCUCGUUUUCCCAAAGCCCCAGGUGGAUUCAGCCUCCUCCACAUGCUUUUCCUGCAUCAUGCCUUCCAAAUGGAUUCCCGUGUCCCUCAAUUCGGUACUCUCCUUCCUCAGAGGGAUCUAGCUUCCCAAGACCUCUGGUCAAUCUACUUUACCCAAAUAUCCUUGGACUUUGAAGGGACAGAGAAUUUCAAAGGACAUACAUUGAACUUUGUGGCUCCUUUCCCCUUAUCCAUAUGGAUUUGUUUGCCUCUCUGCUGGCAGCAAGCGCAGGCACAGAAAAUGCUAUUGGUCAGGGAAGGGAAGAUGAAGCCAUCAGCCAGUUUUGGCAGUCCUGUACAGCCCAUGUUUCUUGCCCCAGAGUCUGGAUCUCAUCAGAGAUCAAAGACAGAAUAUGAUCUAAAGAGUCUGUCUGGACUUCCUGAAGUCAUUAAUGCUCUGAGAGAAGGGAAUCGAGGAAUGGACAGCAAAGGGUCCACAAUGGAAAUGGAGGCUACGGCAGAUAUCCAUGUGUUAAUACACUCCUCUUCCCAUGUUCAAGUGAGGCUGAAUCACUACCAGUACUUGGCUCUGCUCCGACUACAGGAGGUAAUUCAGAGUUUUCAAGAUCAGUUGGCUCAGGACACCCAGGCUAUGACUGGAUCUCCCUUGCAACGCCAGACAAUUUGCAUAGGGGUCCUGUUCCCUAGCAGUGAAAUAGCCUUACUCAUGCAUCCAGCCUCUCCUGGAGACACUGGUUCUGCAGGCUCAGAGACCACUAGCCUCAUAGACUCGGAGCUCUCUCCUUUAGAGGACAGGGAACUAAAAUCUGAUGCUUCCUCAGAUAGGGGUCCAUUAAGUCCAACAAAGGUCCCAGAAUACAAUAGUAUUGACAGUUUGGGCACUUCACAGGACAGAACAGUUGUCUUCCAUAGUAAUGGAGUACUGCAGGACCAGGACCCCUCUACACAGCUGGGAGACAAAGCCCAUGAAGAGGAAAUCCAUAAAAUUAUGGAAUCCUCACAGACUAAAAAAAUGAGCAAAACCCAGGAAUUUAAUCCAUCUGGCACACUGAAUCAUAUAGUAAAUAGUGACAGAGUUCUAAAUGAUCAGGGUGAGGCGAACCCUGUGAAGAACAUUGAGGAAGAGUUGACCAGUGCUAUCCAUUUGACCAAGGAUGCAACCAAGGAGGCCCUUCAUGCCACUAUGGACCUCACCAAGGAAGCUAUGUCAUUGACCAAAGAUGCCUUUAGCCUAGGCAGAGAUCGGAUGCACAAAAUGUUAUUCCUUCCUCCAGCCAACAGGGAGCCCAUGGCCAAGGUGGAAGAGGGAGGAAUCUCAGCAAGUGGAGGAACUGCCAAGCUUCGAUAUUUCUCAAUAAAGAGGACAGUGUCCCAGCAGUCACUUGAUGGUGUCUCACAGGAUGGUGGUGGCCCUGAAGAUAGGCUUUCAGUGGAUAGCGAUGGAAGUGAUAGCUUUGUAAUGCUUUUGGAAUCUGAGUCUGGAUUGGAAUUAAUACCCCCAGAACAACUCACACCAGCACUGGAUGAUACUGGUAAUCAAGAAAGCCCCAGAGUAAAUGCUGAUGGCAUAAUAUCUCCAGAGGUGAAUAGCUCAGUUUCACCCAGCAAGAGAGACUCUAUUCUUCAGCCGGUGUUGGUUCUGGUCUUAAAGGUAAGCCAGGUGGCUCUUGGUAUUGAAGCACAAGAUCAGGACCUGGCUGUGGCCCUUCAGUCAGAGGAACUAACCCUCCAGCAGCCAGGCAUUGUGAGGCUUUGGCAGUUCCUGCAUGAGCAGUGCCCAGAGUCCCCAGCUCUGAAGACUGACAGUUCCAAGCCAGCAGUAGGCCUUCGAUUUGAGGUGGGACCUCAUGCUGCUGUCCACUCCCCCCUGGCUUCAAAGAAUGGUUUUCUUCACCUUUCACUCCAUGGUGGCAACCUUGAAUUGUUGACUUCAGUGCUCACUGGCCUGGGGCCAUUCUUGGAGGAUGAGGAAAUGCCUGUGGUUAUCCCUAUGCAGAUUGAACUGUUGAAUGUGAGCAUCACUUUGAAGGAUGAUAGCCCCCCAGUCUACCCCACAUCCCCAGGACCUAUCCCUGUGUCUCUGGCCUUGGAGCAUAUUGUGGUGAAGCGAGAUGAUGAUGGUGUCUUCCACAUAGUAGCUGCUGCCAAGGAUAAGCCAUCAUCAGAAGGAACUUGGCAUGAGAAAAAGCAACAGUCAGAGGAACAGGUGGUUGUGUUGCCUGCAGGAAUGCUCUUUGGACAGCAGGUGAAGGAGCUGCCCAUCCUACAGAAGGAACUUCUAGCCAUGAAGCAAGCAUUAGCCUGUGCCAACAAAGACAAAGAGAUGCUUUUACAAGAAAUCCAUAAGUACAAUCCUCUAUUCCAGCUCUGAUAGCACUAACACCAGCUGCCUCUGCCCAGGGGAGAGAACACCAGCAGCCACAUCACAGAGGGAAGAAAGCUCCAUCUGAUGUUGAAUAUGUUUGUUUGAAUACCCUGGAGUGAGAGCAGGAAUUUCUGAAUCUGCCCCUUUGGGGCAUGCUUCUUUCCUGCCAGCUGUUCUAGCCAAAGACAGGGCAGCUACACCUAGGCCCAGGGGUGUGGGAAGCUUUGUGUGUGGUUUUCACUGUUCAAGUGCCAUUCACAACCUGUCUAAAACUCCACUUGCCCAAUGGGCUGGAGUCUCUUGAUGUGUAAGGCCAUUUCACUUUCUGGUGUCUGCAAAAAUACUUGCUUCCUCCGCAUGACUUAAUGAAAGGGAGAAGACCUUGUCCCUUCCAGCAUCCUUAGAAAGAACCACCAAAGAUUACAUGUCCCAGAGCUUCCUGUAGCAAAACUGAACCAACCUGGCCUUGAGCCCUAGCUGAGGAGAUUGCAGCUCUGCAGGAAGUAUGAUAGCAUGGUAAUUGGUGUAGAGGGAUGGAUGGAGCCCAGAGAGUCCAGAUGUAACACUUUAGGCAUGGUGGGAGAAGGGGACCACACCCCACCGUUCUUGGAAAAGGAUCUGAGCAUAAUUCAUUUUUGCAUAUACUGUUAUCAGAUUUUUCAGGAAGGCUUGUUAGAUAUAAGAAAGAACCAAACUCAUAUCCUUUGGGUAGUGUAUAAUAGUUGUAGUAGUGAACAAGGGUGGCUUGUCUCUUCCUUCUAGAGCAGUACACAAAAACAGUUAAGCCCAGAGUUGGGUUGGAGGUGUGAGAUGGGGUUGGUAGAGGCGGGAUCCAGAUAAGUGGCAUUCUUGGUUUUCUGAGGAUCGUAGAUUUUCUUUACAAUUCCAGCCCCAGCCCUCAUUUGUUCUUCCCUUCUCACACUCUACUUAUUGACUCUCCUUAUAGAUGAGACUAUGAUUCAGCAACUGUUCUCUUAGUACUUAAGGAAGCUAAUAGUAUUUUUUUAUCUUCAGUAUAAAUAGCCAACAUGGGUAAACCUUGCUUCCCUUUGUAAUAGUGGCUUUUUUUCUGAGGGAAAAGAACCCUUUUGCCCAUGUAUUGCCUCUUUUCCCACAGAAGAACUAGCCUUUCUUCUAAGCAGGCAGCCUCCAUGAUGUCCUGACACAGAAAGUACAUCAAUUUGUUAACCCUAACCUGUCAAGCUGGUGAAAUCUGUACUAGACAGAAUCAUUUAACAGUUUUAUAUCCAUAACUCACUGGGGUAAGGUUAAUAGUCUUUUCUUUAAAUAAUAAACUGCAUUACUUGUUCUUCGAGUAGAUAAAAUAGACUUUUCAAAAAUCUGGCAAGGUUCCACAAGCAAAUUUUUCUAGUAUUACCAUGGAAUUUGGUAUAUCUUGCCUGGUACAGGAAGAGAUUACAAGUAGGUUGGUUAAGAGAAGUCUUAAGAUAAAUUCAAGUAGGAUAGCUUCAUAAUCACUUAUAUGGGGAAGUUAGAACUUUGGGGAUACACAUAACAAUGGGCAACCAUGUUCUCCCCAAAACUAUCCUUUGGAAGCAUUUUGAAAUAACCUAAGUGGGAUGGUCUGACCAAGUGAGCAUUUCUUCUGUUUUUAAGGGAAUUGAAAAAAAGGACCACAAACAUGGAAAUGAGGUUAUUAAACCUCAUGUUCAGUUAAUUAGAUGGAUUACACAUCUCAUAGCUAAUUGUUUUUCUUCCUUUCCCACAUAGGAAAAAGUCUACAAUACAUGUCAUCUGGCAAAAUUUAGCUGGUAUAUAGUGGGCCACAAUUGGAAAUAAAAGUGCCAAACCAUGAUUAAGUCUAUCACCUUAAUAACUAUCCUGCCAACUCCCAGGGUCUGUUGAAAUCUUGUAAACAAUUGUAAAAGACUGGGCAAUGUGGCAAAGACCUCGAGCUUUUUGGCUUCCCUCUACCAGGUAGCUUCUGCCAUUGUGUCUUGAAACUUUCCCUUAUGGGAAGGUAUUACGGGUCAUCUUCCCCCUAGCUUUACUAGGAUGGUACUCUAAUAAUCACUGUCUUCCAUGGCUUCUCUACUGCCCUGUAUUAAGGGAGGAAAAGAAGAUUUUUUUUUCUUAAUGAAAAAAAUGUGAAAAAAUCAGUAGUCUCCUGCUGGGUGUGCUGCUAAAAGUGGCAGGGAGAGUUGUAUUGUCUCUCUGCCCACUUCUCUGGUUCCUUGGACAUGGCCUCUGUCUUUGAGCAACUUGACAUCAUGACAUCCUAUACAUGAAAUGGUGAAGAACCUGUGAAUGAGACAAAUGCAGACAAUCCUCAGCAGCUCUUUGUCUAAAUUGCAGCUCUGCUGUCCUUCUACAUGUCUUGACAUUCUAUACUCAUGACUAUUUUGAAUAUGAAGUACUUAAAAGUUGUAUCAUCUGAAUUUGUCAUGCAGACUUCUUGUUUACAUUGCUGCACAUGCGACGUACCCUAGUGCAUAGAGAAUAACACGUGGGAUCCUUUCCAGAGCCAGUGAGACACUGUAAAUGCUGUCGUUACUGCUCCUUCUGUGGCCUGAGAGGUCGAAUUGGAUACCAGAAUACUUAUGUAACAUCCCUUUGCUGGGGUUGUUAUUCUGACCUAUGGCAAAUGGAGGAGUAUAUCCUUUGCAUGAUAUGAGUAACUUUUCCUGGAUUCACAGGUCAUGGAUCUCACUAUAUGCCUUGCUUUUUCAUAGCUCUGUAGAGGGGUCCUUACGUAUGGAAUUUGAAUGCAGGUGCUAGACACUCCUAUUUAGGUGCUUCUAGGUAAUCUAUUUAAACUGAAUAAAAUUAGGGCUGAGUAUAUUGUGAAGUGGAAAGAAGGCAACUUAAAAUGAUAAAUGAUGCAGACAUUCAUUUCAUUUAUAAAGAAAUGUAAAAGCUGUGCCAUGCUACCCGCAUUUAUCACAACCUUAAAGACAGAAGCCUUGGUCACUUUUCAGUUACUUGUUACUGUUGGCUGAGAGGCCUGCCUGAGUAUUCACACCAUACUUUCAGGAAACUUAAACAUGGCAUCUAGUUACCUCUUUUGCACUCUUAUUUAGUCAUCUAGGACAGAUCUCAUUAAUCAGGUUUGGGUGGUAGCCACUGUUAUUUACUGAAUAAUUUUCCCAUCUUCCACCAUGUGGAUAUUGGGAAGCAACUAAUAUGCUGGCAUUAGUCAAAGCUCUGGUAAGACCUUUAGAUUUUGAAAAGGCAUAGGAUAAGUCCUUUGAUUUUGGAAGCUCAGGAGCCAAACUCUUCCGUAAGUCUCUUCACUGUGACACUUUUUUGCUAAAUGGCAGAUGUAUAAAUGUGUUCUUUCCAGAUUACUUAGAAGUCACUGCAGCCCUAACUUUGAGCCUUACCAGGCACCACUGAAAGCAGUGGUCAAUUGUGACCCUUCAGCCCUGUGAAAUGCUCAGUAUAGCUAGAACAGAGGUUCCUGCUGAUACAUUCAUAGUAAAAGUUGAUUUGGUUUAAUUUAUUGAAUUUUGAUCAAGACUUAAAUGGAGUCUUGUGUCUUUUCCUUGUGGAAGCCACUAAAGCAUCUUAUGUGUAGGUCAAGGAACCUUGGUUUGGAAAAUCCUGUGUUUUAGUAGUAGAUAUUUAAAAUCAGGCUAGCAGAUAGAUCUCUUCUAAUAAUUCCUUUUCCUCAUAUUUGCUAGGUAGAGCUUCUACCUUCAUAAGAAAAAUUAAGAACCAUUCUGCUUGAAUUGUAAUGAAAAAAAAUGCCUUCCUUUCCCUUUUCCCCAAUGAUACACAACAGAAAGGAAACAACUUCUGGGAAUUCUCAAAGUUUUGAAUUGGCCUUAUUACUGCUGAUCACUGUCCAUAAAAAGUCACUUCACUCUCCUCUGUUGGAGGAAAAAGUGUGGAUGUAUCUGCUGAACCAGAAAUCCUAGUCAGUAUUAGGAAUUUUAAUAUUGCAAUAUCUAAUAUUUCCAUGCGUGUACUGGUUCUGUGAACCACCCGGAAAAUGGUAAAUUAAACUUACUGAACAGCAUUGGCUACA